GUGCCUCCUCCUCCUCCCGCUCCGAAGCCCGCACCGGGAGGAUGAGGCUGAUCGCGACUCUUCGCUCCUUCAGGGAGACCUUCGACUUCGGCGGACGGGACGUGGCGUCGUGGUUCCCGCGGCACAUGGCGAGGGGUGUGCGCCAGAUGAAGUCCAUUCUACACAAGGUGGAUUGUGUGGUGGAGGUGCACGAUGCGAGGAUUCCGCUUUCUGGCCGGAACUUGCCUCUUCAGGAGGACCUUUCUGUGCGUCCACACCUGCUUGUUCUGAACAAAAUGGACCUAGCAGACAUGACUCAAAAACAGAGGGUUUUGCAGGAACUGGAGAAACGAGGUGUAUCCAACGUCUUAUUUACAAAUUGUGCUGAUGAGACAAGCUUCAGCCUGCGUAAGGUGGUGCCGGCGGUGAGCAACCUGAUAGAGCUGAGUCCACGCUUCAACCGAGUGGAGGAGCAAGACUAUAGUCUGAUGGUGAUAGGAAUACCCAACGUUGGGAAGUCUUCAUUCAUUAAUGCACUGCGAAGGCGUCAUUUAAAAAGAGGAAAAGCAUCUAAAGUUGGUGGGGAACCUGGAAUUACAAAAGCCGUUCUCACCCGCAUUCAGGUGUGCCAACAACCACAGAUUUACCUUUUGGACACACCAGGAGUGAUGUCACCACGUAUCAAAAAUGUUGAGGUCGGCAUGAAGCUCGCACUUUGCGGCACCAUUCUGGAUCACCUGGUGGGGGAAGAUGCCAUUGCAGACUACCUGCUCUUCUCGCUCAACAAGCAUCAGCUGUUUGGGUACGUGGAACAUUACGGGCUUGGGGAGCCGCAGGAUGACUUACAAACCGUGUUGAAGCACAUCGCUGUGAAGCUGCACAAAACACGCAGAAUGAAGGCCUUAACAGGCGUGGGAAACAUCACCAUCACAGUUCCCAACUACAGCUUGGCUGCGUUCAAUUUCAUCCGGGCAUUUCGUAAUGGGCUGCUGGGACGUAUCACAUUGGACUGACAUUGGAAUGUAUGUGGUUCAUACUAAAUGCAAAUGACCGCCUCCUGGAAGGGCUGCAUGGACUUUUGUAUGAUUACCAAUGGAGCCAUUUUAAAUGUUUGCUACACGUCCCUGGAAUGGAUGAAGAUAUAAACUACGGAGUGGCAGGCAAAGGAUGGAAAGCAUUCCAGAGGAUAACCACCGCGGAGAUGGAGUGAUGAAAUCGGCUGUGUGCAGUUUCCGCGUGAAUUGUUGCAGGACAAAUGAUGGUGUUUGUUAAUAAAGGGAGACCAUUCAGCUUUGGUAUGAUCCUAGCUGAUGGUGAUAAUGGUUUGUACCUUUCUGCUUCUGCUGACCUGACUGCCUUUGGUAGAAAUCUGAAUUUUAAAAUGUUUCUCCGGUAAUAGAAACCCAGUGCUGAAAUAUAAAGUCAAGAAGCAACACGUGGAGAAAGGCUCUGUGACAACUGAUUGGUACGAUCAUAGAUGGUUUUGGUAAGAUAAUAAUUGUAAGGCUAUAUUUAUUACAAUAUAUUAAAGCGAAUUUUUUUUACAUU